CGUCUCUGGUUGGGUGUCCGGUAGUUCCUCCUGGGUUUGAGUUGUCUGGGAAACUCGCCAUGUACGGGCUCUGCUUUCAUAAGGUUUGCUGAAUAAACAGUGCUGAAUAUUUGGCCCACCCCGGCUUGUUUAGGUCCUAGGGAUAGAUGACGAGCUAGCCGACCGAGUACCUCGCGUUUAAAGUCAGAUAUAAUCCGGUGAAGGUUGACCUAAAAUUCGACAUGACCCAACAAGCUGCAGCUCUGCAGACCUACAACAACGAGCUGGUCAAAUGUAUCGAGGAGCUUUGCUCGAAGCGGGAUGAGCUGAACCGACAGAUCAAGCAAGAGGAAGAGGAAAAGGAGCGGCUGCAGCAUGACAUCCGUGUCCUCUCGGAGAAGCUGAGCCGAGUCAAUGAGAGCCUGACCCAGAGACUCGCUGCACGCGCCACCUUCGACCGCACCAUCGCCGAGACGGAGGCUGCAUACACCAAGAUAUUGGAGAGCUCCCAGUCUCUCCUGAGCGUCCUAAAGCAGGAGGCAGGAAACCUCAGUAAAGCCACGGAGCCUCGGAGGACGGAGCACUGAAGGCCAGGAGCAAAACUGUGCACCUGACCUCACCUGACUGUGGCUUCUGAGGCAGUUUAUUCCCCACUUUGGACUAAUUUUUAAUAUAUUUAAACCUUUGUUGUAAGUUUCUGGAUUCAAUAAAUGUAUUUCCUAACAUU